CCAAUCUGGGAGUUCCAACUAAAGGAUUGUGCUGAGAUAUUGUGCUACGUAUGUGGGAAUCUUUUAAAUGAACUAAGAUAUUUUUAUCUUAUAAUUCAGGGAAAGUACAUGAAGAUGAAACAGUGAGAAAAUUCUGCAACAAGAUUGAAUAGAGGCUGCAAGUAAAAAGGAACAUGAGGAGAGGAAGUCCAGCUUGCAUGUGCAAUAGUCACUGAAAAAAAGAUAAAUUAAAUUUCUAAGAAGAAGAAAUAAAAGUUUGCAAGAAGAAAACUGAGAAGAAAGAAAUAGCAAAUAUUUAUUCUCCAUCUUUCAAAGCAACAUGGGACAACACUUCACUAAUGAACAAGGAGAACAGGUUGAGAUUGAUGUGGCUGAAUUGCAGGAAUGGUAUAAGAAGUUUGUAAUGGAAUGUCCAAGUGGGACACUCUUCAAGCAUGAAUUCAAACGAUUCUUUGGGGUUCAUAAUAAUCAAGAAGCAUCGGAUUAUGUGGAAAGCAUGUUCAAAGCUUUCGAUAAGAAUGGGGAUAACACCAUUGACUUCCUAGAAUAUGUGGCUGUUUUGAAUCUGGUUUUGCGAGGGAAGCUGGAACACAAACUGAGAUGGAUAUUCAAAAUAUAUGAUAAAGAUGGAAAUGGCUGCAUAGAUAGACUUGAACUCCUAGAAAUAAUUGAAGCUAUUUAUAGCAUUAAGCAAGCAUACAAAUCUGAGGAAGAAAGAGCUGUUCCCAGUCUCACUUCAGAAGAAGUUGUGGAAAGAAUAUUUCAUCUCGUAGAUGACAAUGGAGAUGGACAAUUAUCUCUGGACGAAUUCCUUGAAGGAGCGCAAAGAGAUAAGUGGGUGAUGAAGAUGCUACAAAUCAAUGUAAGCCCAGGUGGAUGGCUUGCCAAUCAGAGAAGAAAAAGUGCAAUGCUUUAAUCAUUGUUUGUAUUAUUUCAAAAGUGUAAUGACAGAAAAAAAGCAUCCCUUUUCCUUCGUUCUAUUUUUCCUUGAUAGCAGCAGGCUAAGCACUAGGAGAAAAAAAACCCUAAUGCUGUUUGUUUAAAUAUGCUGCCGUGCAUCUAGGCCUUGCCACGGAACAAUGCUGUGUCAUGGUAAUUUGGGGAAAAAAAUUAAAAGUCCACCUGAAUGUAGGAAUGAGGACUAUAUGGGUGGCUGUAGCUGAUUUGGGGCUAUUGACAGGGUUGGCAGAAGGUCCAACUCACAACUUAGAAUACUAGCACUAUCCCAUAUUGCUUAUUUCUGACCCCAGACUUAGUUAUUAGAAAAAGAUGAUGUGCUUAAAAAUAAUGUGUGGGCUGUCAUAUUUCACACUGCAAGAUGGUAUCACAUGACCAAAUGUUUUGUCGAACAUAUCAUAUCAGGGAAAAGUUAAUGUUUUGUAAACUUAUAGGAAGGAGCAAAUAAACCAAUUGCAAGGGUUUGCAAACUGUCUGGUUUGCACAAUUUAUUGAGUUAUAAAAUGUUAAAUAUAAUGUAGCUUAGCAUUUUGAGCAAACUCAACUACUGAGUGUGAAUAUAGCCUGAAACAGCAUCAGCAGAUACAAUUGACAUUCUCUUCAGCAUACAGAUUUUUGUAGGUUGUACAUAGAAUGGAUGAAAUACUCUGCAGAAAAAUGCAAAAAUCAUUUGGGGUAUUGAAAUAAUUUGAUUUCAGUGAACCAAGGUCUCUCUGCAGCAAUAGUAAAAACUAGUCUUGAAUGAAGGUCAGAAAAGAUGACAGCACUUCCAGUAAAAUAGCUAUGUAUUAACCUUGUUUUCUGGAACUGACAUAGAAAAAGACACGAGUUUUCCUAAGUUUCCUCUGGCUUCUGCUGCUCAUAAAAGAACUGUCUUCUGAUCUUAGAAUUUUAUGAUCUCAGGUUCAGCCAAUAGUGUAGUUAUUUUUAAAGUUGUCAAAAAUAUCAGGUGAGGAGUAUAUCAUACUAUUUUUCUUAUGCUUAGGGGCUCAAAACGUUUACACUAAGAUCUUAAUAUUGUGAGCAAUGUAAGCUGCAAAAGUUUGCUGAGCCUCAUAAGCUGUGAUUGACUUAUAGUUAAGGAUCACUUCAUCUACCCUUGGCUUCACUUCUGCUUCCCCCAAAUUUUAUCUUUAAUUGUAACUUUUUCACAAAAAUUCAACACGUCCAUAGUCUAUGCCUAGUAACUACUUUGAGUGAACUUGAUGGAUUUAUACCCAGCGGUGGGAUUCAGCCAGUUCGUACCAGUUCAGCAGAACCGGUAGUUAAUUUUUUGUUGCCCAGGCCUAGAAUGGACUUCCGGAAGCAGCAUCUACACAGAGAACCAGUUGUUCACAUAUUUGAAUCCCAUCACUGUUUAUACCUUAUAGACUAUUCUAAAUAUUGUUACCAUAGUAAUUAGGUAAAAGAAAUUCUGCAAAUUCAUAACCUGCAGUCAAUACCUGUAUUAAUUGUAUGUAAAAGUUAGAAUCUAAAAGUGUAUGUGACUUAGAUUUAGACUUUUGCCCCUUGGUAACAUCAAAAUACACUUUUGAUUGUUAUACUUUUUUAUGUCCCCUCCAAAUCCUUGAUCUGUACUCUGUUUUCUGAGAUAUCCCUUGUAGAAAUAAAGAUGAGGGUUCAUUCUAUGCAUUCAUGCUUUUUUAAUUGUUCUAGUGCCAGAAAAUUUUAAAUCCAUGAUUGUAAUAGCUACUUGUGUGCCAAUGAAAGAGUUCUAUGAUUAUGGUUUCACAUGGAUCUCAUAUAGACAAUGCCAUGUAAUAUUUCACAACACAUAUUGAUUUCCCAAAAUGAAAUAAACCUUUUUUUUUGUCUCACACACAA